AUGUUCUGCCGAGUUUUUUUAUUUUCAUUAAUACUCAUUCAUUACCUCUAUGCAUGUGAUAUUGGAAGACCUAUGAGAAAAAAGAAUGAUGAUCUUAACUUACUGACAGAACUCAUCAGUAGCUGCUACCCCGAUGUGAAAGCAAGCAUCGUCAUUGCUAAUCUAUUGACAGAUCCGAGAUCUGAAAAUAUUUAUAAUCAAAUAACCGGAUCAGUGACACUGUUUGAGAAUUCAACAAACUACAGCAUACCGGCAAAUCAAAUUACGCCAGUUCUUUUGAUUAUUAUGAUAUUGACAUCACCAGUCGAAAUGAAACAGAUCCUUGUUAAUCAAACGUGGCGGAACUUUGAUCAAUCUUUCAUAAUUCUAGACGGAAACAAUGACAACGGAUGCGUUAAUGCCCAAUCGUUUUUGAUGGAAGCUUGGAAAAAUGAUAUACUCAAUGUUGUCUUUAUUUGUUUGGAUCAUCAGAAUCAAGUUCCAAAGAUUUAUAGCUUCAAUCCAUUUACGGACUUCGCAUCGACGUCUUGGGAAAGAGUUUCAGUGGUUCCGGCAAUCAACAAUCAUCCUUGGACCUUGAUUGUCCAGAGUUACAGUCAAAAAGUAAAAUUAUUAAGGCAAGAAAAUGAUUCUGAGAAGUUUUAUCGUUUUGAUUUAAUUAUUAAAUCUUACUUGAUUCAAGAAUUUUUCGUCUUGAUUAAAGAAAUUAUGUAA